AGAUGGCGUCUUUCAAUCUUUGUGAAUUUUUAUACACAACACACCUGCUGGAUUGUUAACUCACUGGAUCAUAAGCUGGUUCGAAUUACUGGUCUCAGAAUUUCGCCAACGCCAUAAAUUGGUCUUCUCAUAGGGGUGAAUUGUUGUUGUUAUCUCACGAAGGCUUUGGUGAAAAAUACCAAGGGUCUGGUUGUGCAUUUCCGAAUUAAAACAGGUGGACGUGUGUGCCUGCGAUGAUGGGCCAGCACGACAUUCAAGAGUUUUGUCUCAAAUGGAACAAUCAUCACAGUACUCUGGUAUCCGUCCUCGACUCUUUGCUCGUGAGAGAAAGUCUGGUAGAUGUAGUCCUGGCUGCUGAAGGUCAAUCCAUAAAAGUACACAGAUUAGUUCUUUUCGCUUGCUCGCAAUACUUCACGGACUUGCUCAGUCAGCAGACAGACAAGCACGCAGUUGUUUUCUUGAAAGAUGUUGCAUUCAGUGAUCUUAAAUCCUUAGUUGACUUCAUGUACAGAGGAGAAGUCAAUAUCUCACAAUAUCAGUUGGAGAGCUUCCUGCAGACUGCCGAGGCUCUGCAAAUUAAGGGUCUUGCUGACAAGCCUAACCAGCGUAAAUACAUGUCUAGUCUUGUGUUAAAAAAGCAAAAGACUAGUGAAAAUCAUGCAGCAGCUGAUACAACUCAUCAAACAGAAUCUCAAUCCAACGUACCUUGCCCACCUCGUUUACAUCGGUCGAAAACAGCCACGAAGAAGACAAAGACUUUGGCGGAAAAGAAGCAAUCACCACAACAACCUGUCGAAUCGGACGAAGCGCCUGAUCUCUUGGACUGUGAAAUGGAUACAGAUCCUACAAGUGGCGAACAGUUGGAACAGGAAGAUCAAGAAGGGCAAUCUGAUCAGGAAUCGUUGAAAGACGAAGACGAUGAAGGCUGGAGCGCAGGGAAUUCACAGCACAGUCUCAGCGGAAUUUCUGCUUCCGGCUCUUAUGGUGCAAUGGCCUCUGCUCAUGAAACGGGUAAUGAAACUUGGGCUUCAGAAAACGGCGCUGGAGCGUCUGAAACUAAUUACGAUCUCACCAUGUCCGACUCCUCUCAAUACGGAGAAGGAGGAGCAGCUGAACCUGUCAUAUUGGAAGAUACUGACGGUGGUGAUAGACCUUUUUCCUGUCCACGAUGUGGACGUCGUUACAAACGGAAGAACAACGCUGUUGCUCACCUUCGUUACGAGUGCGGUGUAGUUCCUUCUUUUCCUUGCCCGAUCUGUUCUCACAUGCUCUCACAGCGCCGCUACAUUCAGAAACACAUCAGACGCAAGCAUCCGGACUACAUCCAAGACUACCAAGAAUACAAAGAACAACGAGCAAGAACAUCCGGCGAUGACGUUGACUAAAUUUGGUUUGAAGAGAAUUCUUGUGUUGGCCCCCCUCAUCUCAAAUUCUUCCACAGACACAAAAUUCUUGCGUGCAUUGCCGUUUUUGAAUUAACUAUUAAUUUUGUCACGUGUCACAAACUCAGCUCGCCAAGUUCCGUCACGAACUGGUCCGCCUUCAAAGAAAAGAAACAAAACGCUGUGCGGUUUGUGCAAGGGUAAUAAGUCCAAAAAUUUUUGUUUCUGAACUCGGAAAGAACAAGGAAAUCGCGUGUUAUAUUUUUCAUUAUUGUAUACCUUUUUCUGUGCGCGACGCUGAGAGAUCUGUGGCUGUUCCAAAUGAAACACGUUGAAUUGUUAAA